AUGGCCAAAGGAGAGAAGGGUAAGCACAGCGGCGAAGAAAAGGAUCGUGAAAACGGGGUUCUUGCCGAUGCAACCGCAUACCCCACCGUGGAAGAUGACGAGGAGCACGGCGACGAUCUGAGAAAUCCCCGGUUUCCGGGAUGGUUUGCCGAGUACAGCCCCUUGUGGCCAGGACAAGCACACUUCCUAAAGAUAGAGAGGGUGUUGUUUGAAGGGAAGUCUGAGUACCAACACAUGAUGGUUCUUGAGUCAACAGCAUAUGGGAAGGUUUUUGUCCUUGAUGGCGCACUUCAGCUAACCGAGAAGGAUGAGUGUGCCUACCAGGAAAUGAUUACUCACCUCCCUCUCUGCUCCAUCCCUAGCCCACAAAAGGUAUUGCUCAUCGGUGGAGGAGAUGGAGGUAUUCUCAGGGAGAUCUCCCGUCACUCCUCAGUAACGCAAAUAGAUAUAUGUGAAAUGGACAUGAUGCUUAUCGAUGUGUAUCGAGAAUUCUUCCCGGAGGUCGCGGUCGGAUAUGACGACCCCCGAGUAAGGCUUCACGUAAUGGAUGGAGGUGAAUUCUUGAGGUCGGCACAAGGAGGCGCAUACGACGUGAUCAUAGUAGACGCAUUCGACCCAAUAAGGCCGGAUCACGAUAUUUUCGGGAGUCCGUUCUUCGAAAUGGUGGCGAAAACCUUGAGGGAAGGAGGAGUGAUGUGCAUUCAAGCAGAAAGCCUGUGGUUUCCCUCUCUCAACCUCCCUCAACUCAUCCACACCUUCCGGAAUAUAUUCAAAGGAUCCGUCAACUAUGCCUGGACACCGGUUCCUGCAUUUCCUAGUGGGGUGAUUGGUUUCUUGCUGUGCUCGACGGAGGGACCGGAUGUGGACUUCACACGGCCGGUGAAUCCAUUAGACCAUCAGAACGCCGCAAACUUCUUUGGUGUAGCUAAAGAGCCGCCCAAGUUUUACAACGCCGAGAUACAUUCAGCUUCGUUCUGCUUGCCGUCAUUCGCAAGGGAUUGUCUAUGACUCCAAAUCGAGAGAGUGGAACGGCGGAAGCAACUGAUCACACAAGACAUGAACCAGGAUACGAUUGUUUGCCACAGUCGGUGCAUCAGUCCGACAACCACGUCCUUUAUCUUCUCAGACACGAUCAUG